AUAGUUACUGUGAAAAGAAAAGAUUGCGGCGAUUAUGAAACGUCAAGCCUCAGAGGGUUUAAAGCGAGCUUCAAUCGUCACUUGAAAGACGUGAAGUAUUCAAAGAACAUCGUCGAAGAUCGAGAGUUUGAGCAAACAAGGAAGGCCCUGGAUGCUCGUUGCAAACUCCUGAAAAAAGAAGGCAGGGGAAACAGACCAUUUGCAGCCGAGGCUAUCAGGGAUGAUGAAGUAAGCGUUCUUUACGAGAGUAACAUACUGGGAAUCUCGAGUGCCGAGGCUUUAAUCAACACGGUCUGGCUGAUGAAUUCAAUCCAUUUUGGAUUGAGAGGC